AUGAAAGAGCUUGAUAUCACCAGCAAUGGCAAGGUUGCAUUUGGGCAGCUGUAUGGAAUGUGUGACCAGGUCUCUUAUCUGCUAGGUAGGAGUUAACAGUAGCUCUGUCAAGUUUUAACAUCCAGGAUUGGGUGGGGGUGAGAAGUUAAGGAUGAGAUAAAUUCUCAAGACGUGCAUGCAAGCUAUCCCUCUGUUUUUCUUCCACCCCACCCAGCCUCCAGUUAUAGAAAGCUUGCUUGCAGUCUACCGGGUAGGAGCAAUCCUCAUUUUAUUUAUGCAAAGUAAGAGGUCUGAUGGGCAAGCUCUUGACAGCAACGGCUGAGCAAUGGUCUGAUUUUGAACAUUUGCAAAUUGGAUCUAACUGUACAUGUUUAAUCAUUGAGAAUUUCAUAUUAAAUACUGUUGUCAAAAAAUGUCAAUGUCUGAAUAAAAAAAACAAGGGCCUCAGGGCCUCUGAAUAUUCUAGUGUUCUUGGGAAUGUAAUUGGGAUAUAUCUAAUCUAUAAAAGUUAGUGACCUUUAGUGAUACUCUGGAAAUUCUGCACUAUUUCAACAAGACUUGUUGAAAAAAAUACUUAGUAUUUUUCUGCACCAUAGUGAAUAGUACAAAUAGCAGAGGUAUACCAGUAUACAGUUUUGAAUCCUUUUCACUUCUGAUGCAAACAGAGGAAUCUUUUAACUCCUCUACUAGCUUUUAAUAAGUAUAGAGGUUUUUUGUUAUUUUUGUCACAGAGUAUUCCAAGUUUUAUGUGUGGUUGUUUCAACUUUUGGUGUGUUUGUUUUUCUUCUAGGACAAAAAGGUUUCAGUGUUUACAAGUCUGUUCCCUAUGGCCCAGUUGGGGAAGCUCUGGCUUACCUUGCUCGACGAGCCUCUGAGAACAGAGAUGUUAUCCAAAGAACAGAAAAAGAGAGGUCACUU